AUUCAUGACAGAUGGCGGUGGAUUUAAAGCCACUUUGAAACUUAAUCGUCAGUUUAAUUUUCUGAAAUCGUCUGUCCAAAUUACUUCAAACUUCUAUAACAUGAACACUGCGACGUAUUUCACUUACUACUGAAUUAAGCGAAUGACAAUAUGAAAGUGAGGAAUUGAAGCUCAUUUUAUAUAUUUUUUAUAAACCAGAUAUGCUUCAAUCAAACCCAAUAUUAUGACAUGUUCUAAUCAGCCUUUUAAAUGUAACAUUAUCUCGAUCCAAAUUUGAGGCUAAUAGCACUGUAAGCUUGGAUUAUAGUAAUCAUUGUUUUGAAAUCGACAAAAAUACUACCUUUCAUUUUGAUAAUAACAAGGAAUACUGUUCAUCAUUGGUUAUUAUAUUUCCAACCAAGUAUUAUGCUUGCUGCGCUUGUGAAUUACACAAUGAAACUAUAUCACAAUGGAUAGUUUUACAUCAGAGACUGAAGCAGAUUUAGUAGCAUCAAGCGGAUCAGCUUCGGAAGAGGAUGUUAAACAAACAUCAAGUUAUAAAAGUACUUCCACCUUAAAAGGUUGGUUUCAAGGUCAUUCAUUUGUGAAAAAGAAUUUACAUAAACCUGCUACAUGUCAUCAUUGUUCAGAUCUUUUAUGGGGAAUAUUAGGAACAACUGGAAUGGUUUGUGAAGUUUGUAAUUUUCUAGCCCAUGAAAAGUGUAUGCGUGCAGUUGUGACAGCUUGUACUUGUAUUGCACCAUUUUUAACCAAGGAUCCUGUGCCUCAUUGUUGGUCAGAAAUUGGUCAUUUUAAAAGGAAAUUUUGUAAUGUUUGCCGUAAACGUGUUGAUGAUUUAUUGGCAUUAAAAUGUGAAAUUUGUGAAUAUUAUUCACAUUAUGAAUGUUUGGAUUUUGUAGCAGCAGAUUGUAAACAAUGUGCCACUUCUACAUUGACUUCAAUGGCCAAGUCUCCAACAUGCAUACCUGAUACAGUUGAAACAAGAAACUCCUAUAUGAUGUCACGUUUACUGAAGAAUUUUUCAAAAUCGUACUCAUCAAAUGACCCUAAUGAUUCACUGCUCAUUGAUUUGACUGAUAAUGAAUUAACUAAUAAAUGUAUCAAUAAUAUUAACACUACUACUACUAAUACUACUGCUACUUCAGCUGUCAGUAAUACAAUUCCCAGUACUAUGUUUACUACUAGUAGUACUAAUACGUCAGUAGCAUUGAUUUCUCAUUCUUCUUCAACGAAUACGCCUAAAACAUCAGCACAAUGCACUCCAGAAAUCGGUGAACUAGCAUUAUUAGAAGCUGUGAAAACAUUAUCAUCAUCAUUGUCAGCAUCUCCGCAAACAACUUUAGGAACUAGUGAAGAACAAGUAUUGUGUACAACAAAAUCAGCAACAGAUACUUCUAUACCUCCUGUCAAAUCUUCAUUAAUAUCUUCACAUGUACAACAAUCACAUCAUUGGCGUGAAGGCAAUUUACCAGUAAACUCAAAAUGUGCGUCAUGUCGUAAAACAUGUUGGUCUGCUGAAUGUUUAACUGGUUUACGAUGUGAAUGGUGUGGUGUUACAGCGCAUUAUUCAUGCUAUAGAAAUAUACCGCUAGAAUGUGAUUUCGGUGUACUGAGAAAUAUCAUGCUUCCACCAUAUUGUGUAUCAGUGCCUCGUACAAGUUUAUUGGUUGAACAAAUUAUUGGUAUGUGUAGACCUCAACCAGAAACACUAAUGGGAGUUCAAGCUCUCACAGAUGAAUUCUCAAGCAAUGGUGAUAGUCCAGAAGAAUCUGGAAUUGAAAGGAAAUCUACCAAGGAUAAAACAGAUCGAGACUUUGAUGAUUAUGUACGAGUCUAUGAUGGCUGGGGUCGCUUUCGUAAGAAACAGUGCCGAUACCUCAGUCUUGGUCGUAGUGUAUCUGUGCUCAAAGUGAUUGAACUUUCCUUAAAAGCCUUUCAGUUACCUCCGGAUGAAGCAAGAGAUUACUAUCUCGUAGAGGUGAAUGAAAAAGAUGGAAGUGAGCAUAGAUUGCAUAGCUCUGGAUGUUUCAAAUCUCAACUACAGUUUGAAACUCGAAGGCCACAGAUUAUAAUACGUUCACGUGAUCGUAAUCAAGAUCGUGAAUAUAUUCAAACAUUUCCUGGAACAUUAGAUCAAUUCACAGAUGUUGAAUUGUUACCAAUACAAAUCUCAGUGACACGUGAUACCACAGUUCAUGAUGUUAUUUUACAAGCACAGAAACGAUUUGGACUCGAGCAUUUAGAUUCUGGUAGAUUUCAACUAGUUGAAACAAAUCUUGAUCGUGGACUUGUUGAACGUGUAAUGUCAUCAGGUGAACGAUUGUGGACAAUAUUAGAACGUGUUAAACGUGAAUCUGUUCGUGCAUUACGUUUAACACGUUUUUAUUUACAACCAAUUGAAGAAUCUAAAGGUCCUGUUGUUACAUUAUUUGUUGGAAAUUUAAAAAAAGGUUUAAGUCAACGUUUAUACGAACGUAUUCUACUUGAACGACUUGGUAUAGAGAAUAAAUGGGAUUUUAUCGAAGUGAUAUAUUAUGAUUUUGGCAGUUUAGUAUUAGUUUAUUUAAAUGCAGAACGUGCUGAUGAAGCAUAUCAUUUAUUAAAACAAAGUACAUUUGAAGAUCGUCCAAUUUUAGUUAUGAUAUUGCCUAGACUUAAACCAAGUAAAUUACCAGAUGAUAUUAGACCAUUAUUAGUAUUAGUCAAUGUUAAAUCAGGUGGAUGUCAAGGUGCCGAUUUAAUCACCUCAUUUCGAAAACUGUUAAAUCCUCAUCAAGUUUUCAAUUUGGACUAUGGUGGUCCCCUACCAGGUUUACAUUGUUUUCGUCAUUUAAAACAAUUUAAAAUACUUGUAUGUGGUGGUGAUGGUACAGUUGGAUGGGCGCUUUCAUGUUUAGAUAACGUUGGUCAAGAUGCUGCAUGUCCUACACCACCAAUGGCAAUUCUACCACUGGGUACUGGUAAUGACUUGGCACGAGUUUUACGCUGGGGUUCCGGUUAUACUGGUGGUGAAGAACCUUUAACAAUACUGAAAGAUGUUGUUGAAGCAGAAAAUAUUCGCUUAGAUCGUUGGACUGUUGUAAUUAAACCAGAUCAAGCUGAAAAAGAUGCACAAAAGAAACAAUUACAAAUUGAAGCUAAUUCAUCAAAUACAAAUGAAGAUUCUAGUCGUAUAUUUGUCAUGAAUAAUUAUUUCGGUUUAGGUAUAGAUGCUGAUUUAAAUUUAGAUUUUCAUAUGGCACGUGAAGAGAAUCCAGCAAAAUUUAAUAGCAGAAUUCAUAAUAAAAGUGUUUACUUAAAAAUGGGUUUACGUAAAAUGGUUAAUCGUACAAAAUGUAAAGAUUUACAUCAAAAUAUUAUCGUUGAAGUAGAUGGUCGUCAAUUGGAUUUACCACCAUUAGAAGGUGUAAUUAUUUUAAAUAUUUUAUCAUGGGGUGCUGGUGCAAAUCCAUGGGGUGUUGAAAAAGAUGAUGCAUUUACAACUCCAACACAUUUUGAUGGUCAACUUGAAAUUGUUGGUGUUACUGGUGUGGUACAUAUGGGACAAAUAUUUUCUGGUUUACGGACAGGUAUCCGUUUAGCACAAGGUGGUCAUAUAAGAAUUACAGUGAAAUGUGAUAUCCCAGUACAAGUUGAUGGUGAACCAUGGAUUCAAUCACCUGGUCAAAUUAUAGUUUUACGUUCAGCCUUAAAAGCAACUAUGUUGAAAAAACGCAAACGACGUAAAGUGAAUCGUCGUCAUACUGAACCUGGUUUAGGUGGAUCUGGCAGUUCGAAUACAACUAGCUCAAAUGUUAUACAUGGUAGUACAGAAGAUCCAUUAAGUAGUGCUGUAUUUGGUGCUAGUGGACCUCCUCCACCUGAAAGUGUAAAUUCUCUUGAUUGUGGAAAUACUACUACUAUUAAACAACUUGAAUUGGAUAUUGCAAAAGUUGAAUUAGAAGAAGGAAAUUUAAAUGAUGCUUUCUGUUCAAAUGAUACAAUCAAAACAGAUGAUUCAUAUCCUAGACUGUAUAGACCAGGACGACCAGUAUAUGCUAAAAGAAGAGGACGUCGUCUACCAAAACCUGUUUUAGUUGCAGUACCAUCAGCUCCAUCAGAAACUUGCAGAUCACCGAGAGAGAUACUUGAUAAUGAUGAGUUCGAUGAAACAUCGGCCUUAUGUCUUUCUAAAUCAACACGAUUGAAACAACAUGUACCAACUAAUAUGCAUUCAACAUCAGAUCAGCAAUCUCCUAUCAUACAAAGCAUCAAAGACUCUACACCUUCAGCUUCAAUGAGUCAAUUAGGUUCAACAACUACUAAAAAGGAAAUAGACUGAUGAUUAUACCAAAAUUGGUCACAGUUUUUUUGUUGCUUUUGGCAUUUUUAUAGUUGAUUUCUCCUUCAAAUACAACCACAUUCCAUCCGUACUAGUACAUAAUGAUGGGAUAAUUUGUACUUGAGUAAUAAUUUAUCUUAAUGAAUGAAUAAAUGGACACAUCUACAUUUGAUGGACAAAAUAAUUGUAUAAGCAUAUUUUUAUACACAUUUAAUACACAUGGACGAUAUAUAUAUAUAUAUAUAUAUAUGGUAUUAUCAAUUGACUUCCGAAUACCCUUUCAUGGUUAUAUGCUGAUAUGCAAUAUUUAUUUGUGAAAUAUCUAUAUUAUAAGUGUUGAACACAGAAAUAGCACUGUUUGUAGUCUCGCUCUGUGUGAAUGUGUAUGUGUUUGUAAACUGUGUGUAAACUUCUUUUAAAAAAAAGUUUGAUAGUGUUAUAUGUACAUUUAUAUUCAAUUAAUUUAUCCUCCUUUUGUGCAAAUGAUUUGUGUAAUCAGUUGGUAAUUGUUUUUCUAUUAUUAUUAUUAUUACUACUGAUAUUAUGACUGUUUAUUUUCCUAUACGUAUUAUUGCCUCGUCUUCGUAUACAUAUAAUAGAUGUAUAGAGUGAGUUAUUUCUUUGUAUACAGUAGUAUUAUCAAUAAAACGUCAAUUAUUAGUUCUUCCUCCAUCACCUUGUUCUUCUUCUUCUUCUUCUUCUACAUGUUCUCGCCUUCUAUUAGUAAUCAUCUAUUUUCAUGAACAUUCAAACUAUUAGUCAAGUCAAUGUAUACAUCUUCAUUAUGUAGUAUUGUGUUUACAAUACCCAUACACAUACACACAAGUAAACAAUAUUAUUUCUAUUAUUUCUAGUCCAUAAAAGGAUUAUAUGCACUAUUAUUAUAAUUGUGUUGAUAUCUCAUUGAUUUCACAUUUUAUCACUUCUCAUAAUCUAAAUGAUGAUUUACUUUAUUCAAUUCAUUUUCUAUUGCUCUUAUUCAAUGAAUGAAUGUGUUCUAUUCUAAUGAAAGAAAUUAAUAAAAGAAAAUUAGACAAUACAUGUUUAUACAUUUUAUAUUUAAUAUUUACUAAUUUAUCAUAACUAAAUUAGUGAAAGCAUUCCUUAUUUGUUACUAUGUAGACAUAGGUGUCAAUGAUCGUUUAUUUCUUAAAAUAAACAAACAAAAAAGAGAAACAAUAACAACACAUGACAAUCCAUCAUAAAAUGACACUUAUAUUUUAACAUUUAAUUUAUUAUAUCAUCAAUCAGAUCUUAUUUCUUGUCAUACACCUUCAGUGAACUCAUUAAAUUACUUUAAUUCUAGAUUGAAAAGACUGGAAAAUAAAACAAUGUGACAGUAGAAAUCCAUAUAGAUUUUCUUUGAGAAAAAAUAAAGAAAGAAAAUACACAUUUAUUUUUUACAAUUUAUCUUAUUGCUCAUUUCACUAUGAUUGUUCUCUUUUCAUUAUUCUCUUUUGCCUGUUUUUUUCUUUUCUUUUUUCUUUCUCUCUCUUUUUCACCAAAAUAAACUAGUUUGUUUUAAUGAUUCUCUGUUGUUUUUUUUUACAAUUUGUUCAUUGAUUAUUUUCGACUUUUUUGUAUAGUAGUAGUACAUUAUGGUGUAUGUUUUCAUAGACGUAAAAAACAAAAGCUGUUCAUUAUAUUUCUCUAAUUUAAGUGUCUCUAAUUGUUUUUGUUCGAGUUGUUGUUGUUGUUGUUUUUCUUUUCUUUUCUUUUCUUCAUUGUAUCAUUUUCCUCCAUAUUUAUAUAAAACAUCUAUUUGUAUAGUAAUAACACAAUUGUAAGUUGAAUGAGACUUAUCUUUUCUUUUUUAGAUUGUUAUUUGUUUUUAAUAAUAAUAAUAAAAUAAUCUAUAAUUUUCCUUUUACAUUUGAUUGUAUCAUUUAAUCUAUAGUCAUUAGUUGAAUAUCUAUAAUAAAAUAGGUCUUGAAUGGUGUCUUCUUUGAAUUCUACAAAUAAACUAUGUAAAAUGUAUUAUGACUUCUUGUAUCUUGUUCUCAUUAUUAUUAUUAUUAUUGUGAGGUUAUGGUGAGUAUUCUUCUUUUUCCUCCGUCUCUCCUUUCGCUUUAUAUAAAUUGAAUAAACAUAAAAUAAUAAUAACACUUUUUUUUCAUCCUUUUUUUUCACUAAUCAUUCCAUCCUAUUAGUGUGUUUACUUAUUUCUCUCUACUCUACUUUACUCAUCUCUACUCUACUCUUCUCUACUCUCUAUUACCUUAAACGCUCCCUCCAUCAUUCAACAUCAUAAUUUCUAAUUCUUGUUUAUUUUAAAUAACUAUGUGUUAUUGAUAUAAUAAUAAUAAUAAUAAUAAUAAUAAUAAUAAUAAUUAUUAUUAUUAUUAUUAUAAUUAAUCAUCAUAACCAUAAUUAUAAUAAAGUAUAGGACAUGUUUAUUAAUUACAUGCAUAUAUGUGUAUACAUAUAUAUAUAUAUAUAUAUAUAUAUAUGCAUAAAUAUUUAUUUAUUGGUUUAUUGGUUUAUUGAUUUAUUGAUUUAUUUAUGAACACAAAUCGAUCUGUAUACAAAAAAUUCAUAAUGAAUUAUAGAAACUAAUUAAAACUUACUAUUAUGUAUUCCUUUGUAUUCAUGACAAAUAAUUAACGAAGAAUAAAAUAAAUAAAUUUAAUUAAAUGUAUAACCUUACGCACAUACACACACAUACGCACACAUAUAUAAAUAUAUGUAUGCGUGUGUGUGUGUGUGUGUGUGUGCAAACAAUCAACAACUCAUUCUCCCCUAACAUACAUUGAAACUAUCAUAGACAUUAAUAUUAUAUAAAUAUAUUUUUGUUUUCGGAGCUGUGUGCCAUUUUCAUAUUAUUAUUAUUAUUAUUAUUACUAUUACUAUUAUGAUUAUUAUUAUUCCUUCAGAUAAUUAAUAAUGAUAAUAUUAGUAAGUGAAUAUAACAUUAAUUGUUCUAUUAAAUUCAUUUCAAUAAAUAAAACAAGAAAGAAUUUCUAUUUAAAUU